UCUAUCACAAGUUUCAUUUGUUUUCUUCUUUUCUUCUUCGUGUGCGAGAAAAAUAGAGAGUUGUUUCGAGAAUCAAACAAGAAAAGCCACCACCAUGCGACCACCUCUUUCUUCCAAUUCGUCUCCUUCUUCUUAUUCACUCGCUGCAACGAGUUUGCAAAGCAGACUCUUGACGAUAUUCAAGAAAGCUCAGGAGCUUACAACUCUCUGUGAUAUCGAAGCCUGCGUUAUUCAUUACGGACCUGACGGAGAACUGAGGACAUGGCCCGAGAACAGAGACAAAGUGAGAGACUUGGCUCUCCGCUACAUCCAGUUAGACCAAGCCACGAGACGCAAGAAAAGCCUCAAUCUUUACGAGUUCCUCAAGAAGAAUAAGAAGACGACGAUGACGACCAGCAGUUUCAAGAAGAGGGCCAAGAAGAAUAUUCAAGAAUUGAAGUAUCCAGUCUCUGAUCAUUACUCUGUCGAUCAAAUCAACCAACUGAUUCAGUCAUUGGAACUAAGUUACUCUACUCUGCAAGAACGGCGUCGUUUCCUUGCGGCAAAGGCAAACUUGGAGGAUCGUCAACAUCUUGGGACCCAAUCUUUAAACCCUAGCCAGUUCACCAAGUACCCACAAGAGUCUAUGUUUAUAAAUCAGGAGCUUUGUGCUUAUGAUCAGACCAGCAACAACAACUUUCAACAUCUUUGCGUUUCAGAUCACUCAGCGGCACAAGAAUCUGGGUUACCUUAUCAGUUGAUGCCUUAUGGUGGUGGUUAUGAUCAGAACAUGUGUACGGGUAACAACUUUCACGUCUCCUCAAACACACAAGAUUACUCAGUGUUCCCACUAGAGUUACAAGAAUCUGUGAGUAACUACGGUUUGAAUCAGUUGAUGCAGCAUGAGCCAUAUGGCUUUGAUCAGAACAUGUAUAUGAGUGAUAUUACCAACAACUUCAAUGUUGUAGAUCCUUUUCUCUCAAACAUGCUUCCAGAUGACUUCUGCUUUGGUUUUCAGGACCCUUGUGGUGGUAAUAUGGUCGGUAACCCUAGCUUCUCUCAAGAUUUUAAUCUCGAUAUGUCUUCAAGCUGUGUUUAUGAGAACCGACUACUGCUUCAGGAAUCUACUCUACCAUCUCUCUAGCUCCACUAUUUGUCACGACAUCUCUGAGAUUCCUAUCAGUUCACCUGAUGAAGUAGCUGACCAUAAAAGUGAAGAUGUUUAUGCAUCUGCAUGUUUUUAUUUUGAAUACGCAUAUAUAUAUAUAUAAAUAUAACU